GUUGCCCUGCAUUAGAAUGUUGUUUACAAAUGGCGGUCUACGUAGAUUUUAGUCUAAAAGGAAGUUUGUUUUAUUAGAGUUCGAGAAGUGAUCUAAAAAUUAAUUUUUACUAUCGAAAUCGCGUAACAGAAUCAUUUCAAAGAUGGCUGUAUAACGGGAAAUUAGAAUUUUAAAAACUGCAAUGGCUUCUUUAGCCAAACCAAUAGAUCGUAAACGUGUGCAAGCUAGGCAGGUGGAGAAGCUCCAGCAGCAUAUGAUGAUCUUAGAGCAACAGAUGGUUGAACAAGCCGCACUAAGACGUCAGCUAGAACAGAUCAGCCGACUGGACACGACCAGAACACAGAAAGCUUUGGAGAGAGCAUCAAGCAGUAACAAAACUUUACAAAAUGAAAUCGACAGAAUAUAUGGACCAAGUCAUGAGUAUCCCAAAUCCCCUGCCCUGAAUGCUGUGGAAGAAAUUAUUGCACAAAGAACCAAAGAUUUCCACCGCUCACAGCAAGAAAAAAAUGCCAAACUUCAACAGCUUGCGCAGGAAAGGCUGCGCAUCCUUGAGGCUAGAAACAGAUUAAAGGAGAAACAAGACAUGCUGCGCUCUCUCCCCUCCCCCAAUGGCAGUGAUGUGAGUGAGAUAGAAAUGAAACCCCCUGGUGUUCACACCCCCAGCUACAGGAGUGUCCACUCCUCCGACUCCAUGGUCAGAAGAGUUGUUAACAAUUUACCUGUUACUGUUGACAAAAUUUGGCAUUUGAGGGACAGUUUACAGAGGGAUUAUGUGAAGACCAAACGACCGUACGCUGGGGAACUGGGUAUCACAUCAUACGAGCCAUGGCAAUACAAAGACUUCUUUAUGGUACGUGACCUACUGGAAGAGUUUAUUAACGACUUUUUAUUUAACCACAUUCCGUCUGACCUGAAAGUCCUCAAACAAGGGAGAAAACUGCAAAUGCUUGAAGAAAAUGACAAAGACUGGAAAAAAACUUCCAAAGUCUUGUCUGAAAGAGCCGUGGUCAAGCUGCUAGCUGAGGAGCUUCUGCUUGAGGUAACAAGUAAAUUGACUGAAGAGAUUGCUGGUGAAUGUCUCUUUGAUGAUUUCAUUUACAAGAGAAUUUCUUCCAACAUGUUUAUCAAAGAAGCUGAGGUUCAAGCAACUGGCAACCCUGAUGGCAGAGACCCCAAUGACCCUGCCUAUGACAUCAUCACACGUACCUUCCAGUCUAUGCAGAAAAACAGAGAUCAAAUAAAAAAACAUAUUUGGUCACACUCUCAGCUGCUGAAUCAGCAAACAUCUCCUCCACCUCAACUACUUCGCCCCGUGUCACCUCCGCCCCCCAUGCCACCCAAAAAAAAGAAGUCACCACCAAAAGUGAACAAAACACCUUCACAAGUGCCCAUUUCAGAGCCACAACUAUCAACUGUUGUUGAUGAGCCAGUUGAUGCAGAUGUAACCAUCAUCAGCUUUGAUCAUCUCCAUCCAGUUGAUCUCAUACAGACAGAUUACAUGAAAGAAAAAGAUCCAAAAGAAAGAAAUAAAAAACUCUGGAACUGCAUUUACCAAAAAAGAGAAGCAAAAUAUUGGAAGAACUUGAGGCCCUAUGUAUUUAAUCUAACUGUGGCCAAGAGAUGUCAAGGUAUUUCAGUGGUCAAACCUUCACCGGAUCAUAUGCAGGUGGCUAUUGGGACUUUAAGUGGUGAUGUCAUCAUUUUCAACACACAAGUGGAACCCUGGAUGGCUGUAAAAUUAGAUGUUGGGCAGACGGUUGAUGGGGGUGUAGUGCAUUUAGCUUGGUCACUUGACUCUUCUAGGCUGUUGGCAGUUAAAAAAUCUGGUUCUGUUUUUGUUUGGCUCACAAAGGGAAAGCCAGCAUUAAAAGAGCACUUGAAAGUCAUGGAGUUCCAAACAAACGAAACAAAACCUCAGCCAUUUGCCCUCAUUCCUAUCAAUGCUUUUGAUGCCAACAAAGGGGACUUAACUCUCACACAAGGAUCUCUUGUUGAACAAGGCACAUCUAGAGGUCCAGAGAAGGCAGUUCUGGCAGAUUUCUUCCCCUCCCUUACCGUGCUGACCACUCAGUACUCCAUCUGUGCGGCACUACAGAUGGGAGAUAUACUAAAACUUGACUUGGAAACACUCAACAAAAAUGAAAAUGUUUUGAAGGCACCAAUGCUUCUCAAACCAAAAAUUCAGACCAGCAUUGAGGUUCCAAAUUUAACCAGACAAAACAUUGGGGCAGAACUUCUGCGCCAACACAAGGAUCUGGUCCUGCAUGUGAGUUUUGUGGGGAACAUAGGCAAGAUGGUGACGGUGGACAGUGCUGGCUUCAUUCUCCUCUGGAAAUACGACAAAUCUUUUCUAACUGGCUUUGAUUGGUUUACACCUGAAAAAAAAUUCAAAUUAAAUCUACACAGGACAAUGUUCCAACCCUUCCCCGAAGACAACACAAAAAUAAUUUUUACAGAUCAGCAAAAAAAUGUGUCCAGAUCUAAAAUUAGAAGGGAGCGAAGUGAAGCUCAAAUAUCACUGGACAAAUUAAAGCUUGGGAACCCUUGGCACAUUAUCAUAGGAAAAAAUGGACUUGAUACUUACAUGUAUGCCCCACAAGCCAAUGUGAAUGACUCUGGAGCCAUGUUUAAUGUUGUUGUCAGACACAGAAAGACUCAGCAAGUAUCCAGUCACAUGACACGGAUGUAUAAACCUGUCAAACUUCAAGCUUCUGCUAUUCUGUCUGUGAAACAAACUCCCUCUGGAAAUGAUUUAGUGAUUGUUCUUUUGUUUCCUCCCUAUCAACCCAAAGGUCCAUAUUUGAUGAUACUUGUUCUACACCUACCAACAAUGGCUUUACGCAACUUUAGAAAAGAGAUUGAGCUAAGCAGUCAAGAACAUGAUGAGUAUAAGGAAACUAAAACCUUGUCUAUGGAUGUUACACAAACGUAUGGGCCUACUGGCUCAGAAUACCUAUUCAUGACACUGAAUGGUCAGCUGAACUGCUUUUCACUCAACUCUGGCUCAUCACUGCUUUGUAUUGACAGUAAAACACGGCCCAAAGCACCAAAGUUUCCAGGGUUAAGAAUUGAUGAGCAAUAUUUUAAAGUGCCAAAACUGUGCCAGGUGGCAGCACUAGGCAACUUUGGCUCUCUCUAUGCUGUGCUCUUUGAUCAGUCCAGUCAAGUUUUUAAAGUUCUACGACUUGAUGACAACAACCCUCCUGAGGACACCAGGCUGAUGAGCAAAGCUUUCAAAAAAUGGGAGGGUUACAAGAAAUGUCCGUCUGAGCUUCGAGUUAAUCCAGUGGACUGUCUGCUGCCAGAUAUGAAACACUUGGAAGCAGAAAUGAGGAGUUUACUGCUGUCCUUGCCAUUCCACAAUGAGGAGAUAACCAGGGAGGACCAAGAAAAAGAAAAAAUUGGGAAUUAUCUGGCCUUGAAAACCAAGGUGGAAAAGGAGGCUCUGGUGAAUAAAUUAUAAGAAAACUGCAGAAAUGUUGUUGUUCCGUUUUUGUUUUUUUUAUUCCUCACAUAAAUAAAUAAAUGACAAUGUUUUUUA